AUUGUACGGUUAAAUUAGUUCUUAGUUAGUACAUAUUAUUGAUAUGUUGUGUGUUAAAAUAUGUACAAAGGUGUUAUAUUUUAUUUGGAUUAUUAAACUAGUUGUUUGUUACUAAUAGUUGUAAAUUAGUACACGGCAAUGUAGUAUAAGUUGUAAUAGGGUAAUUAUCGAAUGAUUAAAUGAUUAAACGUGAGACUAUUUGUCAUGUUUUAUCAGGAUGUCAGGUGAUAUGCCCAUUCGUCUGUAUUAUGGCGAUGCUCCUAUACAAAUAUGUGAUAGCGGGGUGGAUUUGACUGUAUAUGCCUUCCAUGAUACUAGUCUGAAUGCACCGGAGCAUAUGGGUUUGAACGACGUGUUAGGGUGGUUGUAUAAUAUGUUUGGGGUAGAUCCAGUACACGAUAAAUUUGUCAUAAAUGCCGUGUGGCCAGUGAGGGGUCAACAUGGAUGGCAGUGGAGAGUAGUGGAGGUUGCGUCAACUGGGAGUUGGAGGAAGUUUGUUAGUAAAGUAAGGGAGAAAGGCUAUAGCCCGGCAAUAGUGGUGCAGAAGACAAAAUGUGUUGAUCGAUCGGGGGAGUCAAGUCAUGCCGUGGUGGAAGAAACUCCGUUGGAAGGUGGACAAGCUAAAAAUGUUUGGCGGACUGAGCAAGGUCGAGGGGAAGAAGUAGUAGAGGGUAAUACACAAGGAGAGGUCAUUGUUCGUGGUACUAAUCGUGAGGCCAACGACUCGGACGAUGAAGAACCGGAUUCGCCUAUGCGUGUUGAUGCAGCGGAGGAGAAUGAGGCGGUAGUGGAUCAGAUGGAAGUGGAAAACGAGGAAUACAUUGCGCUUGUAGUGGAAGGAGAAGAUACAACACUGUGGGACAACGAAACUUACAUACCCGAUAAUUGGACGACCAUAUCAAUGAGUCGUAUGAAGGUAAACGAUGGUUUAGAUGCCCACUGGUGUUAUGAUAGUAAGCAGAUGAAAGUUGGACAGAUGUUUCAUGACAAAGGUCACUUACAAGAUGCGGUGAAGAGGUGGGCAUUUGUCCAGAAGCGUGAGUUCAAGGUGAAGGUUUCAAAUAGGACGACGUAUGACGUGAAGUGCAUACAGGGUGGAUGUCCUUGGAGAGUGCAUGGUUACAAGCCACAACAUGACACUUUAUGGGUAGCUUCGAGGGUUGAGCAACAUACGUGUUUGUUGGAGAAUACCCGUCUGGUGCACAGAAACCUGACAGCGGCAUUUGUGGCACAAAUGGUAUAUUCAAAGGUGGUUAGAAAAACAUCUUUGUCCCCUUUUACCAUAAUGCAUGACGUUGAGAAAGAGUACGGAUAUGAGAUAUCGUACGACAAGGCUUGGAGGGCAAAACAGAAAGCAUUGGAGAUGAGGUUUGGAACUUAUGAGGAUUCUUAUCACAAUCUUCCCCCACUAUUGGAGGUGAUGCAGGCAAGAAACCCGGGCACACACAUGGCUAUUCUCGAUGAGGUGAAUGAAUAUGGGGAGAAUGUUCUUCGUCGGGCUUUCUGGUCAUUUGGGUGCAUGAUAGAGGCCUUUAAAAAUUGCAUUCCUUUGCUCUGUGUUGAUGGCACUUUCAUGACAGGCAAGUACAGAGGAACAAUUCUAACCGCGAUCGGAGUCGACGCGGAUAGCCAUGUCGUUCCUGUUGCUUUUGCAUUUGUUGAAAGCGAGAACACAUCAAGCUGGCUAUGGUUUUUGCGGCACAUUAAAAUGUGUGUUGUUGAAAACAGACCAAAUGUGUGUGUUCUGCAUGACCGACACGCCGGUUUGCUAUCAGCGAUACAGAAGCUUCAAGAAGAUGUCACACAGUCCGUGCCAUGGCCAGAUUUACAUAGCAGAUGGUGCAUGCGACAUUUUGGGGCUAAUUUUUAUAGACAAUUCAGGAGUAAGAGAUUGAUGGACCUGUUCAAGAAGUUAUGCAAGCAGAAUCAACAAAGAAAGUUUGAUGCCAUAUGGGAGCAACUGGAUCGUUUGACCACUACACACAUGGAAGAGGUUAGGAAAAAACCCAUAGUUGCCAGACAGGAGGAGCCGGAGGGACUUGAACCCAUUCCUAAUGAAGCACCAAGUAUUACUCGGCGCAGGAAGCGUGGAAGGGCCACGAAGUGCUUCACGGAGUGGGUAGAAUUUGAGCCAAGGGAGAAAUGGUCGUUGUUGUACGAUACAGAUGGAUCGAGGUAUGGUGUGAUGACAACAAAUCUUGCUGAAGUGUAUAAUUGGGUUAUGAAGAAUACACGACCUCUACCACUUGUUGCUAUCCUGGAGGGCAUCACGAGGGGUACACAGAAGUAUCUCUGUAAAAGGUAUUCCAUGGCUAGUCUGAACCUCAGCAAACCCAGUGUUAAGUAUAGCCCCGCUAUUACACAGUACAUGGAUGAGAAAAGUAAGAAGGGAGGAACCCACAGAGUGUGGCCUGCUGGGAAUAGAGAGUUGUUAUUUGAGAUACGACUUCGUGACAAGAGUGGUGUCGGCAUUGGGACUACUGACAUCACAUUGGAAUGCACGUUGUGGCCAGAGUAUCACGCUUGCAAAUGCAAUUGCAACAAGCCUUACCUGUUACAUCGGCCAUGUUCCCAUGUUCUUGCUGCUUCCGCAAAAGGGGGUGUUGAUGGAAACAUUUUUGUUUCUCCCUACUUUAGAAAGGAAUCGUGGGAGGCAACUUGGCGUGGUGAAUUGCGUGGUUGGCGUGCCGUGUGUGAUUUCACUCGUCCUCCUCCAGGACAAGCCAAUUGGGUUCCUGACUCAAAUUUAUUAGUUGAUACUAAGGGUCGUCGCCAGUCACGCAGGAUCAAGAACCUUAUGGAUGAAGCUAAAGUGAAAGAUCGUUCUCGUCGUAAGAAAGCUUGCAUUCUUUGCGGGGAGAACCAUUCCCGUAAAGAUUGCAGCAUGUACAAUGUAGGGCAUGAUGCCACAGGCGCUGAUGUUCGUCGCGUUCCAAAGGGGAAGUCGAAGAAGAAAAAUAAUCCUUAGUUCGCUACUAUCCUUGGUGGACUCCCUACUUUGAAGAUCGUUAUCGUUCAAUUUAUGUUUAGUGCGUCUGUAAUUUUAAUUUGAACUUUCUUGCACUUUUAUUACCCGAAUCUAUUUGUAAUGGCCUUGUAAUUUUCAUUUUGAACUGCACUGCACUUUUAAUAUCGUCAUGUAUUUGUAUUGGAAUUGUAAUUUAAAUUUCGAACUGCACUGCACUUGUAAUAUCGUAAUAUAUGUGUCGUGGGCUUGUAAUUUUAAAUUGAAAUGUACUGAACUAUUCUUAUCUGUAUCUAUGUGUGCUGGUACUGUAAUUUUAAAUUGAAAUGGCAUGCAAAUUUGUUAAUUGAAUUAUGUUGCAUACAUUUAUUGCACUGUUACCAUACGUGCAAUGUACUAAUGUGGUUUUCGAUCUGUAGGUAUGGCUGAUCAAAAUGAUGGGCAGCUGAUAGACAAGGAGAUCGAUAGGAACCAUCGAUCGCGACGUCUUACUACAGGAACUUUCUGCAAUGUGCUAAAGAUGCGAGGACCGGAUCAAUAUUGGCGUAUUGAUCCUCGUUGGGUUCCAAGGCUGAGAGCAGCUGGGUUGUUGACGUUUGCACGGUUGGUCGAGCCUUCACGUGCAAGGUCCGAACGAAUCCACAUUGACGCGGCGCUUAUGAGUGCUCUUGUCGAUAGAUGGAGGCCUGAGACCCACACUUUCCACCUCACAGUUGGAGAGAUGGUGCCCACUCUGCAGGAUGUGUCUUAUUUGUUGGGGCUGCCGAUAGCUGGGCCAGCAGUUGGCCCAACAAUGGUGAAUGCUGGAUGGGCGGAUGACCUUCUGGCCAGUUUUGGUGGUGUGCUGCCUGUUGCACUGGAGGAUCUCACAGAUGGGCACGGGCCUACGAAAAGUUGGUUGAAUCAGUUUCGACAGGAUGUCUUCCCUGAUGACCAGGAGGAGUGGAUCGUGCAGCGGCACUUAGUCGCUUACCUGUUGUGGUUGUUUGGAUGGGUGAUGUUCACGGGAACUCACGCUGACUCCGUGGACAAGCACUUCAUCCACUUUGCGGAGCAGAUUGCAGAGUUACCUAUCGCGGAGAUUCCACAGUACAGUUGGGGGUCGGCGGUACUUGCGGCGACAUAUGCCGGACUGUGUGAUGCUUGCGUGAGGAACAGCAAGCAAAGUUCACUCCCUGGAUGCCCGUUGCUACUUAUGUUGUGGGCGCACGAGCGCUUCGACAUUGGGAGGCCUCAGCUUGACUCGUACGCAAACUACGGUUUGCGAGAGAUGUACAGGUCUGGUGUUGAUGACAUCGACGAUCGUCCCACUAUGGGAUCCUUGUGGACACACCGUGAGCCGCAGUGGGUUAGCGGGACGACACGUCGUGUCUACACUCAGUUUGUAGCUGACUUUGAUCAGCUUACGCCUGACCGUGUUCGGUGGACUCCCUACACUCAGCACGAUGUCAAUGAUCGUGCACCGCACGGUCUCGCGGAUCUUUGCACGCGAGAUAUGCAACUCUGGAGGACGACUUGUCACCUCGUGCUGGACGUGCACGUCGAGCCACACAAUGUCCACAGGGUUCUCAAACAGUUGGGCAUGUAUCAGGACUUCCCUCCGAGAGAUGGUCGUCCUUUGGCAGAUAGUCUUCAUAGGUACUUCAGAAAGGGGCUCGGGCUUUCCUACGAGCUAGUUAUUGUGACCACGGUUCAGCCGACGGUACAAGAGUGGGAGCACGCAGCUGAUAACUUGGCACUUCAGACACCUCCAGACGAUGGGAGUUAUUAUGGAGCUUACCUUCGUUGGUACCGCAGUGUUACACGAUGGAGGUGUUUUCCUCCACAAAGAGAUAGCACCGUCCCCCACCAGGCAGCGAUUACUGACACGUUUGCCCCUCAGCCUAGAUCAGCUUACAAGUCAAUGGCGGAAUUUGUUGAGCACGUUCACGUGGAGUCCGACACCCUGCUGCAAAGACUAGAGGCGAGACCUCCAGUCGUCAGGUCUGACGACGUGGCGAGUGUCCUUCGCAACUUCCGUGCACGUGCUGCCGCACUACUACGUCGUGUCUCCUGUCGGAGCGCGGCAGAUGUGGUGCAGACGUCGGGCCGACGGCUGUCGCGCCCAGAAAUUUAGCCCAAAUUUCCAGACUAUUUUGUGUAUUAAAUCCCUGUCCAGGACCAGCCAGGGUACACAAAACGACAAGUAAUAAACAGUUCCAAACGUAAAUAAAGCGUAAAAUACUU